CUGAUCGACACCAAGGAGGCGGUGGGCGACAGCUGCGCCGUUCCCUGUCGCCUCUCGAUGGACGAGCUUCGCGGCGCGGACGGGCUGGAGAAGGCCGAGACCGAGGACAUGAUCGGGCUCGUCGCGGAGAUUCCGGACCUCUGGGACGUCUGCCUCGCCGGCUGGGAGAACGACAGCCAGUCGUCCCGCUUCGGCGAGGAGGGAGGGCAGGAACCCUUCAUCGAAGGCGUCAAGAAGCUCACCACGAAGCCGGUCGUUGGCGUCGGCCGCUAUACGUCGCCGGACCGCAUGGUCUCCAUCGUCAAGAAGGGCAUCGUCGAUCUGAUCGGCUGCGCGCGGCCCUCCAUCGCCGACCCCUUCCUCCCGCGAAAGGUGGCGGAAGGGCGCCUCGAGGACAUCCGCGAGUGCAUCGGCUGCAACAUCUGCGUCUCGGGCGAUUUCACCAUGUCGCCCAUCCGCUGCACCCAGAACCCGACCAUGGGCGAGGAAUGGCGCCGGGGCUGGCACCCCGAGUUCAUCCGGCCGAAGGAAAGCGAGAAGCCCGUCCUGAUCGUGGGCGCCGGCCCCGCCGGCCUCGAAGCCGCGCAGGCGCUCGGCAAGCGCGGCUACGACGUAACCCUGGCCGAGCAAAGCAGAGAGCUGGGCGGGCGGGUCGCCCGCGAAUGUCGCCUGCCGGGCCUCGCCGCCUGGGGCCGGGUCCGGGACUACCGCGCCGAGCAGCUUCGCAAGCUUCCCAACGUCGCCCUCUACCUGGAAUCCCAACUCGAUGCGGAGACCGUUCUCGAAUUCGGCUGCCCCCGCGUCGUCCUCACCCCCGACGACCUCAUGGAGGGUCGCUUGCCCGAGGGAACGCGCGUCGUCGUCUGGGACGACGAUCACUACUACAUGGGCGGCGUGCUGGCCGAGCUCCUGGCCGACAAAGGCUUCACCGUCACAUACAUGACGCCCGCGUCGGAGGCCUGCACCUGGAGCCGCAACACCAUGGAGCAGCCUUUCGUCCAGGCGCGCAUGCUCGAGAAAGGAAUAGCCAUCGAGGCGUUCCGGACCCUGACCGUAUUUCCCCGGGCACCGUCGCGAUGUCAUGCGUCCAUACCGGCCGGGUCGAGGAGCUGGAGGCCGAUGCGGUGGUUCUCGUCACCAGCCGAACACCGUCGGGCGAGAUCGCGGCCGAUCUAUUGCGGCAACAGGACCGCUGGCCGGACGCCGGUACUCGAAGCCGUGGAGCCAUCGGCGACGCGCUCGCGCCGGCGACCAUCGCCCAUGCCGUCUACGCCGGGCGAGCGCUACGCCGAAGGCCUCGACGGCGCGGCCGUUCCGAUGGACGAAGUGCCCUUCAAGCGCGAGAUCGCAGAGUUGAUCGACUGA